AUGCUGAAGAACGGCAUCGCACGGGCGGCUCGCGCUGGCCUCCAGCAGUCUCGCAGACCUGCUUUCCGCGCCUUCCAGCCCAAGACUGCUGCCCCCAUCAUCUCGCAGCGAUUUGCCUCCAGUGACUCGGCCAAGGAUGGCAAGAUUCACUCCGUCAUUGGUGCCGUCGUGGACGUGAAGUUCGGCUCAGAGCAGCUCCCUCCAAUUCUCAACGCCCUCGAGACGACGAACGGGGGUCAAAAGCUGGUGCUUGAGGUCGCACAACAUUUGGGCGAGAAUGUCGUGCGAACAAUUGCUAUGGACGGUACCGAAGGUCUCGUUCGUGGCCAGAAGGCCACCGACACUGGCUCUCCCAUCAUGAUUCCCGUCGGUCCAGGAACGCUUGGCCGUAUCAUGAACGUCACUGGUGACCCCAUUGACGAGCGGGGCCCUAUCAAGCACGACAAGAGACUGCCUAUCCACCAGGAAGCCCCAGAGUUCAUCGACCAGUCCACCAGCGCCGAAGUGCUUGUCACUGGUAUCAAGGUCGUCGAUCUUCUCGCCCCAUACGCCCGUGGUGGUAAGAUUGGUCUCUUCGGAGGUGCAGGCGUCGGCAAGACUGUGUUCAUUCAGGAGCUCAUCAACAACAUCGCCAAGGCUCACGGUGGUUUCUCCGUCUUCACCGGUGUCGGUGAGCGUACCCGUGAGGGUAACGAUCUGUACCACGAAAUGCAGGAGACUGGUGUCAUCAACCUCGACGGCGAGUCCAAGGUCGCCCUUGUGUUCGGUCAGAUGAACGAGCCUCCAGGUGCCCGUGCUCGUGUCGCUCUUACUGGUCUCACCGUCGCUGAGUACUUCCGUGACGAGGAAGGCCAGGACGUCUUGCUCUUCAUUGACAACAUCUUUAGAUUCACCCAAGCUGGUGCUGAGGUGUCUGCUCUCCUCGGUCGUAUCCCAUCUGCCGUCGGUUACCAGCCAACUCUCGCCGUCGACAUGGGUGGUAUGCAAGAGCGUAUCACCACCACCAAGAAGGGUUCCAUUACCUCUGUGCAGGCCGUCUACGUGCCAGCUGACGAUUUGACUGACCCUGCCCCGGCCACCACCUUCGCCCAUUUGGACGCCACCACUGUGCUUUCCCGUGGUAUCUCUGAGUUGGGUAUCUACCCAGCUGUCGACCCUCUGGAUUCCGCCUCCCGUAUGCUUGACGCCCGUAUCAUCGGUGACGACCACUACCAGACUGCCACCCGCGUCCAGCAGAUGCUCCAGGAGUACAAGUCGCUCCAGGACAUCAUCGCCAUUCUGGGUAUGGACGAACUUUCGGAACAGGACAAGCUUACCGUCGAGCGUGCCCGUAAGAUCCAGCGUUUCCUGAGCCAGCCUUUCACUGUCGCCCAAGUCUUCACUGGUAUCGAGGGCAAGCUCGUCGCCCUCAAGGACACCAUCGAGUCUUUCAAGAAGAUCAUGGAGGGUGAGGGUGACGACCUCCCAGAAGGUGCUUUCUACAUGGUCGGCGACUUCUCUGAGGCACAGGAGAAGGGCAAGAAGAUCCUGGCUGAUCUCGAGAAGUCCUCAUAG